UAGAGUCUAAUCUUAUUGGGUGUUUUAUUCCCAGUGGAGGAUCGAUGAGAAACCAGUGAAGAUCGAUAAAUGGGACGGAGCAGCUGUGAAGAAUUCUCUGGACGAUGCCGCCAAGAAGGUGUUGUUGGAGAAGUACGGUUACGUGGAGAACUUCCAGCUGGUGGAUGGGCGUCUCAUGAUCUGCACCGUUUCCUGUUUGUUUGCCAUGUUGGCGCUGGUGUGGGAUUAUUUACACCCGUUCCCUGAGUCCAGACCCGUGUUAGCCUGCUGCGUCAUCUCAUACUUCAUCAUGAUGGCCGUCCUUACUCUCUACACGUCAUAUAAAGAGAAGAACAUUUUCCUCGUGGCUCUGAACAUAGAUCCAACUGGAAUGGAUCCAGAUCACAUGUGGCAUCUCUCCUCCUCCCUCAAACGGUUUGAUGACCAGUACACGCUCAGAGUUUCCUUCACUGACGGGAAGUCAAAGAACUCGAGGGAAAUGGAGUUCACCAGGUCUGUGUCGGCGUUCUUCGACGACAACGGAACGCUGGUGAUGGACCAGUUUGAAAAGUCUGUUUCCAAACUGCACGACAUGCUCCUCACUGACAAGAAAACUAAAUAAAUCAGCACAACGUCGUCGGAGGGAGGUGUCAGAGGCUCCUCAGUUUAUAUGUUGUCAUCUCUUUAAAAUCUGUCUGUGAUGCCACACGUGGUUGUUUGUAACCUUAGUAACCGUGUGUGUCAUCGGGUAAAACAUUUUGUGAGUCGUCAGAACUCGUGUCUCAUUGUUUCUUGUCUAAAGCUGCGAGUCGUUCAGCUUCUUGUUACGAUUUGUUGGCUCUGACCAGAACCUCUGAACUCAUCAUUUCAUUAUUCUAUCGACCCGCGGUGGUUAAAUACGAUCCUGUGUUUUUAAUUUCACCCAGAAAAUGGAGAGAAGAAAAAACAGGAUUGUGAAACAUCUGGACUCUGGACACGUUUACUUUGAAAGUUAGACGCAGCUUCCUGUGGCCGUGCAGGUUGAUUUUUUUUAUUUUUUUUAUUUUUUCCAGAUGCGUAGUAAAAACAAAUAAAGUUCCUGAAUCGUUGCGUCGCAGCUUUUAUUAUUCCCGGUUUUUCUCAUCAUCACUGAAGUAAACCUCUGCUUUCCCAUGUUAUAUUUAUUACAUUUUUUGAAUGAGUGAACUCAAAGCUGCCGACGUGACGUCCUGUCAGGUGAUCACCUGACGUCACCAUCAGCAGCUCAUUGGAUAGAAUCUGUAACAUGCUGUCGUCAGUAUUAAAAUAACAUGAACAUGUGUUUUCUUUGUUAAUCACAACUCGACACGUCACUGGUGAAGGAAAACAACGAGCCUCCAUCAGCUGUUGUCACUGACGUCAGCUGAUGGGAGUGUUUGAUUUGUUCCAAGUGAUGAUGUAAACGACAGAUUCUGAAUAAUGAGUCUGUAGUUUCCUCCUCCUCCUUCUCCUCCUCCCUGACGGACGUGUUGAUGCCUUACAACAGGAAGUAACUGAAUGUUGACCAAACUUUUA